GAACCGAUUCAAGUAAAAAAGAACCAGAAGGGCGAGAAACUUGCAAAUUAAAUAUCGAAACCCGAAAAUAAAAUACCGGCUCGGAAACUCACUACCUUUGUCUGGAAUUUUAGAACUACUCCGUAGGAUUUUCAAUUCCUCCAACCUUUUCUCUCCCUCGAUCAUUUGUGCAAAAACCCAGCAAUAGAAAUCCCUUUAAGCCUUUAAUCAAUAAAAAAAUACGAGUAAUAUUUAAAAUAAUAGUCGUACCAAAAAUUUCAACUAAACAAAUCUCUAGUUGAUCUUAGAUCUUGUACCUGCCACUACCACGGUACCACCAUUACAUACACACUACUCCUAAUUUUCUACUACGAAUUUUAUUUCUGGCCUUCUUCUUCUUCUCUCUGUUUUGACGGUUUACAUUGCAUCUGGGUUUUUUAUUCAAUUUUCUGGAAAAUAUUGAUUUAAUGUUCUUCACAAGUGGUUGAAGGUGAUGUUCUGCUAUUAUUUGGGUAUUUAUAUUGAUUUUGGUGGGUUGAUUGAAACCCUAUCUAGAGCUUUAUAUUUGUGCUCUAAUAGGGUGUUAUUGCAAAAAUUGGCAAUUGCAAUUAUUAUUGAAAGUUUCAUUUUUGGUGCAAUCUGUAAAUGGUUGAUUUAGUGUAGAGAAGAUACUAGAUAGCAGGAAUGGCUUUAGCUUCACACAAAGACUAUGGUUCGGCAUCUAAUUAUCCACGCGCAUUGUCGUCUAUAAUAAUCUCAGUUGGGUUACUGGCUGUAUUCAUUACAUUGGCUUCUUGGAUCUUGUUGUCAUUCCCAGUUGGGACUGUUGUUCGGAGCUAUUUUUAUGGGGUUGAUCAGACGAGUGAUUUGGGUCUGUCUGUAUCAUUGGGAGGUUUAAAUGGGAGUCAAGUUCGCGGUGAGGACAAGACAGAUUUUAGUGACAUAGAUUUGGCUAAGUCUGAGGGUACAACUGAAAAAGAUCAAAAUCAAAAACAAAAUGAUGGAGGUAGCAAAAAUCAACCUGGUGAAGAUAAUCAAAAUCAAAAUGCUGAAAUCAGCAAAGAUCAACGUGUUGAAGAUAUCCAAAAUAAAAAUGUUGAAGGCAGUCAAAAUCAAAAUGCUGAAGGUAGCCAGAAAGAGGUGCCUUCUGGUGAUGAUACUAUGCCCAGGGAACAAGCUACUAAUAACACUUUACCUACUGAAAUUCCUGUAGAGCAAGCUACUAAUAACACUCAACCUAUGGAAAUUCCUAGGGAAAAAGCUACCAACAACCCUCUACCUAUGGAUGAUAGAGAUUCGCCGAAAGAUGAAUUGAUCAAUGAUGCCUCAGCUGAUUUGCUUAAAUCAGAGACUUCACCUGGCAAUACUGAUAGCAAAGAAUCAGUUGAUUCAGAGUGUGAUUUGUAUCAUGGUGAAUGGUUCUAUGAUUCCGCUGGGCCUCUUUACACAAACAAUUCAUGCCCUGUUAUCACUCAAAUGCAAAAUUGUCAAGGUAAUGGGAGGCCUGACAAGGAAUAUGAGAGCUGGAGAUGGAAGCCAGCACAGUGUGAGCUUCCAAGAUUUAAUGCAACCAAAUUUUUAGAGUUGAUGAAGGGGAAAACUCUGGCUUUUGUUGGCGAUUCAGUUGCAAGAAACCAGAUGGAAUCUCUUAUGUGCCUAUUGUGGCAGGUUGAAACUCCAAAGAAUCGAGGAAACCGUCAUAUGCAACGGUGGUUUUUCAAAUCAAAGUCAGUUAUGAUAGUUCGCAUUUGGUCUUCAUGGCUUGUCCAUCAAACAUCUGAAGCUUCUGGUGAUCUUCCAUCAGGAGUUGCCAAACUGCACCUUGAUGUCCCAGAUGAAGUUUUCAUGCAAAAUAUCCCAAACUUUGAUGUGGUUGUACUUUCUUCUGGUCAUUGGUUUGCAAAGCAAUCAGUCUACAUGUUGAAUAACCAGAUGGUUGGAACCCAGUUGUGGUCCCCACCAAAGAAGCAGCAGCCGCUGAAUAUUAAUAAUGUUGACGCAUUUGGAAUUUCUGUUGAGACAAGCUUGACUGCCAUGGCUACACAUCCUAAUUUUACUGGACUGACCAUUCUUCGGGCUUACUCACCUGAUCAUUACGAGGGCGGUGCGUGGAACACUGGUGGAUCAUGUACAGGAAAAGUGAGGCCCAUAUUGCCGGGUCAGUUGGUGAAAAACGACUUCACGAAUAUCAUGCACGAGAAACAAGUGAAUGGAUUUUAUGAGGCUGUUAAAAAGCAGACAAACCGUUCGAAAUUGAAGCUGUUGGACAUCACUGAACCCUUCUCAUAUCGGCAUGAUGGUCAUCCAGGCCCAUAUAGGAGCCCUGACCCGAAUAAAAUCACAAAGCGAGGCCCAGAUGGAAAGCCACCACCGCAAGAUUGCCUCCAUUGGUGUAUGCCAGGCCCAGUUGAUACCUGGAAUGAGCUUGUGCUUGAAGUUAUAAGACGAGAGUUUGAGGGUAACCAAAACCCUACCGUCUAACUGACGAUAUAUAUUUAUCAAUAGCUAGGUAGCCUCUGAUACUUUGCUAUCUUAUCAUUGUUACAAAUACUUGUAAAGUAUUUAUUGUCGAAGCAGAAAUUUACACUGUAGGUGUUUCUUGUUUGAGGGGUCUGAUUUAACGGAAAAUAGCAGAUAAAUUUUUGCCAUUGAAUCAGGUUUUAUUUUAACCUGGUUGUGGAUGGAAUACGCCAGAAAGCUUCUUGUAGAUGUUUUGGGUUCUACACUAUAAUUUUAACUUAUUUAA